ACGCGUAUGUGUUUCAGGUGUCUGAUCACGAACUGCUCUAUAUCUAAAAAGCCAGUUUUAAAAUUUCGAAUUCUGUGUUUUCGCCCUAACUAGGCCGACUCAGUUUGCGUCUGAACGUACAUAAACAUAUUUGGGGAUAUGUGAUAUGACGUCUCAGCUUUAUGAAAUAUGUGAGUGAACAUGUGUUUACGUGUGCUGCCCAUGCGGGUGGAGUCAACACCACAGAAGUGUAACUCUUCCCAGAGUGGGUGCUUCAUCCAUAUAAAGCCUUCCAGCAGCUCGAAAGCAGAGGAGUCCUCAAUCGCCGGGCUCUGCAUCGCCUUUGGCUGAGCGUCUGGGUGCCCCGAUCCUUUGCACAGCUGCAGAGAGGACAAGCAGUGCAAUGAUUGAACUGGGCUCGGUGGAGGAAGGCAGCAGUCUGAUAGACGAGCUGAUGGAGCUGACAUCUCAGAGCUUAUGUCAGCUCGAGAUUAAAGAGCACUUCAACAUCAUUAAAGAGAUUGGCCGUGGCAAGUAUGGUGUGCUGCUGGUCACUCACCGCUGCAAGGGGACUCCAAUGGCUCUCAAAGUGCUGCCCAAGACUUCGACCAAGCUUCAGGGCUUCCUGAGAGAAUACUGCAUUUCCUUGCAUCUGUCUUGUCACCCGUGCAUCGUGGGAUUGUUUGGGAUCGCCUUCCAGUCCAACGAGCACUACGGAUUCGCCCAGGAGCUUGUGACGGGACGGGACCUGUUCGCCAUCAUCCAGCCACGGGUGGGCAUACCUGAAUGCGCAGUGAAGCGCUGUGCCGUUCAGAUCUCCUGUGCUCUAGAGUUCAUCCACCAGCGUGGUCUGGUCCACCGCGACAUCAAGCCCGAGAACGUGCUGCUGCUGGACACCCAGUGCCGCCGGGUCAAACUGGCCGACUUCGGCCUCACCCAGAGACGAGGAACCUUCAUCCGCUUCAUCUCGGGCACUCUGCCGUAUAUGGCUCCAGAGCUGUGCGCCAUGGUUUUGGAGGAAGGUCAGAAGGAGGUGAUAGCCCCUCCGCUCCGCGUGGAGUCCACUCUAGACACCUUCGCCUUUGCCGUGCUUCUUUUCUGCAUCCUCACGGGCUUCUUCCCCUGGGAGCGCUGCAACGACAGCGACGAUUUCUACGAGGAGUUUGCAGACUGGCGCAGAUGCCCGAAGAAAAACCCCGUGCCGUCUCAGUGGAAAAGAUUCACGCCCGUGUGCAUGCAGAUGUUCAGGAGGAUGUUAGCGCUGGACCCUGGUGAGAGGUGCUCCGUGGGAGAGGUCAAAGGUUACGUGGGUAAGGACUGGGUGCGAGCGAAGGACGCCAACGGGUGGGUGGGAGAAAACGGGGAGGUCAGCACAUCCACACCGAGUCCCUGCAGAAGCAGCCACAGUGAUGAACAGUGAUGGUGUUAUAUGACAAAUGAGCAGAAUAUGGUGCCAAAUGCAAUGCAGAGAGCUGCUCGCUGGAAAGAAUUUAGAUCAUUAGAGGUGUUGAUUUCUUAAAAAGUUAUGAGGAAGGCACUCAUUCGCGGGUCGGUAUUAUCGGUUAAAUACAAUUUAUACUUCAUUAACAUCGAUUGUGGCAUGCUGUAAUUAACAGAAAAAUACAUUUGUAAAUAGUUAAGUCAAGUAGUUAGUUAAGUCGCACUUACACUUUUAAAAGAUAUAUUUAGUUGUCUCUUUAAGAGUCAUUUUUGAUGGAGAAAAAGCAUUGUGUAUUGUACCCAGAAAUGAAAAAAAAAACACUCAAUCUGAUCAAAUGUAUAAUUUAAAAUAUUUUUUUAAUAUAUGAAUUACUAAAGAGCAGGUAAAGGAAAAAGUUUGAAGAAAAUUUGUA